AUGGGCCAGGGCACCCACACCCAGGUUGAGCUUCAGCCGGGAGGAGCAAUAAUGAGUGUACCUCUAAUGGAGAACAGCCCCAGACCGGGCAGGGCACGGCAUGAGCUCAACAGGUCACCCUCCCUGUGCCGCACAGGUACAGCUGGGGGGCUGUGUGGGAAAGAGGAUUGGGUAGAGAGGGGGAAAAUGAUGGAUAACUGGUUUUUGGAGCAGCCUUAUAGGAACUAUUUAGUGUUGGAUAAAGAAGAGGCACAGGCUGCUCUGCAGACAGACGGUCCAAAGCACUACAUCCACAACUCCGUCACGCUCCCUACCCCCAGGCUGCUCUGCAGAGAUCAUGGUCCAGUGGGGGGGAACAGCUCUCUGCCCCGGGCCGUGCUGAGGAGACCAUGUCAGGGUCAGGGCACUCUGGACAGAAGGACGAUGAGCAUGUAUGGAGAACCAGCCAAGCAUAAACAGGAAGCAAAACCACUUGAACCACAACCGAGGCUACGGCGACCCAGGAGCGUGUGCAUGCUGGCUCCAGGACCUUUACAGCCAGAGGUCCGCCAACCCACCAGCAGGCAGAGCACUGUUGAGGCUGUUCAGCUGAGAACCAGGAGAGCAGAGCUGAGGGCAGUGGAUGGUCUGGGUGCAUUACCAGCUUCACGGCCCCUGCUCCCACCUGAGGUGACCCCCAGGGUCCGGGGCCGGAGCUGGAGACCCAGGCCUGUCAGUAUGACCGUGCUUGAACUGAGGAAGCAGGGGUUUGAGGAUGACAGUGACAGUCACAGAGGGGCAGGAAGGACCCUUCCCACACCUAACGAGAAGGUGGACGACGGGACUAUGCAAUACAUAAAAUACCAUAGCAUGGGGAAGGUCAAAGUUAUGGAGGUACCCCUCUGUCCCUCCAAACUUUCUAAAAGCACUCAGGAAGAGCCCAGCAUAUGGCAGCUCAUAACCAGUCGUUUCAGGAGGAAAGAGCAGACAAACAGUGGCAAAUGUGAAGUACAGCAAUGCCAAAGUAAAAGCAGCAGCCAGUUUUCCCCAGGCAGGAAUAAUGGCCCCCAGUCAGUCACCAUAGAGACUCUGGCAGACAUCAGCAGCCGGAAAGGUCAAGAGUGGACCCUGCCCCCACCUGCUCAGCUAUGCACAGGGAUCCGUGAGAGGGCUUCCUGGGGGUGCAGAGAGGAGACAGGGGGGCUGGAGUCAUGA